ACUUGGAGGCUUGUGCUCUCGCGGUAUUUGUUGGGAUCUCGCGGGGCUCAGCGUGGCAGUGGGCGGCCCGGUCGCAGGAGGCGGAGGUGGCGUUCCGUUAGUGGCGUUGGGCGCUGGCGGCCGUGGCGGCCGUGCUCUCGCCUCUGCUCACCGGGAGCCGUUCAGGCUGGAGGCAGGCCAGCUCUCACCGCCACCUCGGUCGCAAUGGGCGCGCAGGACCGGCCGCAGUGCCACUUCGACAUCGAGAUCAACCGUGAGCCGGUUGGUCGUAUUAUGUUUCAGCUCUUCUCAGACAUAUGUCCAAAAACUUGCAAAAACUUCCUUUGUCUAUGCUCAGGGGAGAAAGGCCUUGGGAAAACAACUGGAAAGAAGUUAUGUUAUAAAGGUUCUACAUUCCAUCGUGUGGUGAAAAACUUCAUGAUUCAGGGUGGGGACUUCAGUGAAGGUAAUGGGAAAGGUGGAGAAUCAAUUUAUGGUGGAUAUUUUAAAGAUGAAAACUUUAUUCUCAAACAUGACAGAGCGUUCCUUUUGUCAAUGGCAAAUCGAGGGAAACAUACCAAUGGUUCCCAGUUUUUCAUUACCACAAAACCUGCGCCACACUUGGAUGGGGUACAUGUUGUCUUUGGACUGGUUAUUUCCGGUUUUGAAGUAAUUGAACAAAUUGAAAAUCUGAAAACUGAUGCUGCCAGCAGACCUUAUGCAGAUGUGCGAGUUAUUGACUGUGGAGUGAUUGCCACUAAGUCAAUGAAAGAUGUUUUUGAGAAGAAGAGAAAGAAACCAACUCGUUCAGAAGACUCGGAUUCCUCUUCCAAUUCCUCUUCCUCUUCAGAAUCAUCUUCAGAAAGUGAAAUUGAACACGAGAGAAGCAGGAGGAGAAAACAUAAGAGGCGGCCAAAAGUUAAACAUUCUAGAAAGAGACGGAAGGAAGCAAGCAGUUCAGAAGAGCCAACGAGUAAACAUGUAGCAAGCCCCAAAGGUUACUGUGAGAGGAGUGAUACCAGUGAAAAAAGAUCAGGAGAUUCAAAUGCUAAAAGGGAGAAGCCAGUGGUUCGCCCAGAAGAGAUUCCUCCGGUGCCAGAGAACCGUUUUUUACUGAGAAGAGAUAUGCCCGUUGUUGCUGUGGAACCAGAGCCGAAGAUUCCUGAUGUUGCACCCGUUUCCCGUGAUCAGAAACCAUCUGUAUCCAAGUCUGGUCGGAAGAUUAAAGGAAGGGGCACGAUUCGUUAUCACACUCCUCCACGGUCAAGAUCCUGCUCUGAAUCAGAUGAUGAUGACAGCAGUGAAACUCCGCCUCACUGGAAAGCAGAAAUGCAGCGGCUGAGAGCCUACAGGCCGCCCAGCGGAGAGAAGUGGAGCAAAGGAGAUAAGUUAAGUGACCCCUGCUCAAGCCGCUGGGAUGACAGGAGCUUGUCCCAGAGAUCCCGAUCCUGGUCCUAUAAUGGAUAUUAUUCAGACAUGAGCACAAGACACUCUGAUAGUCACCAUAAAAAACGCAGAAAAGAGAAAAAGGUUAAGCAUAAAAAGAAGACAAAAAAACAGAAACACUGCCGAAGACACAAACAGACGAAGAAAAGAAGGGUUGUUGAACCAUCUGACAUAGAGUCCUCAAAGUCUUGCACUCGACGUGUGAAAUCCUCUUGUGAUCAGGAGAGGAGGUCCCGUUCCUCAUCAUUAUCAUCUCGGCACUCCUCUAAGAGGGACUGGUCCAAGUCCGAUAAGGAUGACCAAAGCUCCUCGAGCCGUUCCAGCAGAGACUCCUGUAGAUCGAAAUCUCACUCACCAUCCUACUCGAGAGGAAGCUCCAGAUCAAGGACUGCAUCAAAAUCCUCAUCACGUUCACCAAGUAAAUCCAAGUCGGAGCACCAAAGGGCACCAUCAACAUCACCCAGGAGAACAGUGUCUCAGUUAAGUGAAAACAAACCAGUAAAAAUGGAGCCUUUAAGAGCAGUAGUGCCCCCAAAUGAAAACGUGGUGGUACAGCCACUGGUGGCAGAAAGCAUCCCUGUGAUCCCACUGAGUGACAGUCCCCCUCCUUCGAGGUGGAAGCCAGGACAGAAGCCCUGGAAGCCCUCUUACGAGCGGAUCCAGGAGAUGAAAGCUAAAACAACGCACCUGCUGCCCAUCCAGAGCACUUAUGCAGGAGCGAGUGUGAAAGAGACGGGUAGUUCUUCCUACCACAAGAGAGAAAAGAAUGUGGAAAGUGAUCAGAGUGCUUAUUCCAAAUACAGUGAUAGAAGUUCUGAAAGCUCAGCACGGUCUAGGAGCAGGUCUUCCAGGAGUAGGUCAUAUUCCAGAUCAUACACACGGUCACAUAGCCUAGCUAGUUCACAUUCAAGGUCCAGGUCUCCGUCAUCUAGAUCUCGUUCACGAAAUCGAUUUAGUGAUCGUUCACGGAGUAGUAGAUCAUCAUCUUACACUUCUGUUAGCAGUGAUGAUAGAAGACGAGCCAAGAGGAAAUUUAGAUCCAGUGGAAAUAAACACAGUUCAAAUAAAAGGUACAGCAGCAGCUCUGAGAAGACACGCAGCAGUAGAUAUACCAGAAGCCGAAACAAGUCAUCACGCCAGAGAAAAUAUAGUGAAAGUAGGUCAUCCUUAGAUUACUCUUCAGACAGUGACCAGUCCAGUGUCCGUGCUGCCCAAUCAACCCAGGAGAAGGAGAAGGGCGAGGUGGAAAUAGCAAGUGAUAAGCAGAAAGCCAGAGGAGAUGAGAAGUCUAAGCCUGAGCAGGAAUGCUCAAGUUCAAAAAAAGGAACUUUGAAAGAGAAUCUUCCUGGUCACUUCAGAAAUGGUAGUAAGCCCAAAAGGAAGCAGUAUGCUGGGAGCAAAUGGGACUCCGAGUCCAGUUCAGAGCGAGAUGCAACUCGGAAGAGUAAAAGCCAUGCCCGGCCGUCCGCUGAUAAGGAGGAAGGUGAGGCCACUUCAGACUCUGAGUCUGAGGUGAGUGGCGUUCAUGUCCAAGCCAGACCCAUGGCAAAAUCUGCAGCCAGCACUUCCCUGUCUGACAGCAAUGGCACUUGGCAAGGUGGCACGCGGCAGUCCUCUACCUCCAGUUCCGAGGAGUCCUGUUCCAAUGCAGAAAGCAGUAAAGGAAAGCCACGGAAACAGACACAAGGGCCGAAGGAAGAUCUUCAAAGGGAACACAUCAGAAAGGUGAAGGAGAAAGGGAAAAAAGAGAAAAACCACAAGGCUCCGAAGCGAAAGCAGGCGUUUCACUGGCAGCCUCCUCUAGAAUUUGGGGAAGAGGAAGAAGAGGAGAUUAAUGAAAAGCAAGUUACGCAGGAGCCAGGAGAGCAAAAGGAAGUUUUGGACAACAGCAUAAAUAUAAAAAAUAAUACUCCGAAAGCUGAGAAACCUUGUGGCGAGAACAGCCUCUCAGGUAGCCAAGAUACGGCAAGUGUUGCCUUAGAUUGUGAUCCGCGAACUGAAGAUGACAGCAAACCCAGCAGGUCUCCCACCACUUCACCUGCCGAGGAAAACGCAGCCAGUUCUCCUUCAAACAUUCAGCAUGAUGAGAAAAGUAUGCCAGGAGGGGUGGCAGACGUGCUUCAAACGGAUGACAACAUGGAGAUAUGCACUCCCGAGAGGACCUCCCCGGCCAAGGGAGACGGGACUUCUCCUACAGGAGAGCCACGGCCUGACACCCCCGAGACGGGUGUGCAGAGGGAGCACCCUGAGGCCCGGGGAGUGAAAGAGGGAAGCGUACCUGAAAGCAAACUGCUGGGGGAAGCAGAGAAACAGGACAGCGGCUCUGUCGGUUUGGCCACAGUAGAAAGUACUGGCAAGAAGGAGGCAGCCGAGAAGAGCCAGAGCAGCCUCGUGGACAACAAGUGGAAGCCCUUGCCAGGUGUGGGGAACGUGGCAGCACCUGCUGCCAUGUCCAGUGCUGUGGAUGUCAAGGCCCUGACUGCCCUGCCAGAAAUGAAACCCCAGGGCUUGAGGAUUGAAAUCAAAAGCAAAAAUAAAGUUCGCCCUGGGUCUCUAUUUGAUGAAGUAAGAAAGACAGCACGCUUAAACCGGAGGCCUAGAAAUCAGGAGAGUUCGAGCGAGGAGCAGACGCCCAGCCGGCACGGUGCUAGCCAGUCGAGGAGCGCUAGCAGAUCUCCGAGUCAGUCUGAGACGCAGUCUAGGCACAGGACGAGGUCCGGCUCCUACAGUCACUCGAGAAGUCGGUCCAGGAGUGCCACAUCGUCCUAUCGGUCAAGAAGCUACUCUAGGAGUCGGAGCAGAGGCUGGUACAGCAGAGGCCGGAGCAGAAGCCGGAGCAGUUCCUACCGCAGUUACAAGAGCCACAGGACGUCCAGCAGGAGCCGAUCCAGGAGCAGCUCGUAUGAUCCCCACAGCCGGUCCAGCAGGUCCUACACUUACGACAGCUACUAUAGCAGGAGUCGAAGUCGGAGUCGAAGCCAGAGGAGUGACAGUUACCACCGAAGCAGAAGUUACAACAGGCGGUCCAGGAGUUGUAGAUCUUAUGGCUCUGACAGUGAAAGUGACCGAAGUUAUUCUCGUCACCGGAGCCCCAGUGAAAGCAGCAGAGACAGUUGAAAACCAUCCAUUUUUUUAAUACAAAUUAUAUCUUUAUUUGUAAAUAUCUGAUAACUUAAAAGGCUAAGAAACUUAAUGGUAGUCUGUUGUUCUAUUUCCAUAUUAGAGGUGAAUUUCAAAAACUCUUAUUAUUCAUUAAUUUACAUGUACACAGAAGUUUUAAAAUACAGAUAUCUCCUAAAAAUAUU